GGCCGCGAUGCGUGGAGGGGCGAGUGCAGACGAGAUCGCCGCUGCCUUUGGCAGCCGCAGCUUGGCCCUCGAGGACGACGCCCUCGACACGUGCGUCGCCUUGUGCUUGGAGUACGGCGUCUCGGGCGAGGCCUUUGCCGACCACUGGGACGCCUACUCGAUGAACGCCAACGUGACGCUGGCGACGCGAGAUGCGCUCGCUGGCUUCCGCACGACGUUGAGCGAGAAGGCCAAGGCCAAGCCCAAGGCGCCGACCAAGUCGAUCGUCAAGCGCGAACCGCUUAGCGAGACGCCCAAGAAGCGCCCGCCGCCGUCGUCGUUCCAGAGUCCCGAGGCCAAGGCGCAGAAAGCGUCGGGCCUCUUUUCGCCCUCAUCGUUCCAGUCGCCGCCGUCGGCCGCCGAGUACGCGGGGCGGCAGAACGCCGGCGAAGUCGUCGACUCGUUCAACGCGUCACUCAAAUCGAUGGUCCCCGAGACGACGCACGCGGCCGCCGUCGAGAUCGCGCUUCUGGCGCCCGAAAAGCACAUGCAGCCGUCGUCCAACUUUAUGUACACGCCGAGCGCCGAGCGAGCGAUUGCCCUCGAUGCGCAGCUCGUCGCGUUUCAGGACGCGCUCGCCGCCGCGAAUCCCAACAUGGAGUUUGGUGCAAUCGGGGAUCCGUCGCCCGCGACCGUCACGGUGGUGGGGCGCAUCGUGUGCGAGGCUGCCGAAGGCAAACUCAACUCGAGCGUUGUGCAGCUCGAAGGCGCGCGUCCCUACUGCGGUGGCCAGCGCGUGCUCCUCGACCUGAGCCAAGUGCCGACGUUUGAGGUGUUUCCUGGCAAAAUAGUGGCCGUCGAGGGCGUUUACAGCGACGUGCGCAACCCGAUGGCGGUCCGCCACAUCAUCGACCCGAGCAUGCUUCCGCUGCCGACGACACCCAAGGCGACGCUGCGGACCCUUCAUGCCCAGCACGGCGGCCCGGUGCGCUUCUUUCUCGCAUCCGGUCCGUUCACGCCCAAUACGGACGCUAACUACCAGCCACUGCAAGACUUGUUUGCGGUGGCGAUGAAGGAGCAACCCGACGUCGUCAUCCUCGUCGGUCCGUUCAUUGAUGCCAACCACGCGAGCUUCAAAGAUGGCAUUGCCACAUACGACGACAUGCUCGUGUCCUUUGACGAUAUCUUUCUCUUGCACAUUAUGGCCCGCAUCAACCAGCUGCUUGCCGCCGUGCCAAACCUCCAAGUCGUGCUCAUUCCGUCACUACGCGACGUCAACCACGCGUACGUGUACCCGCAGCCGCCGUUCGACCGCCUGAAAACCAUGGAAGCACUCGACUCGCCCAGCUACGAAAAGCGCGUGCACUUGAUGUCGAAUCCAUGCACCUUUUCCGUCCACGGCACGGUCGUUGGCGUCACGUCGUCUGAUAUUCUCUUGGAACUCGGUGGCGCCGAGCUGCACCGCGCGCAAAACCACGCCCAGCAGCGCCUCUUCCGCCUCUCCGAGCAAGUGCUGCGCCAGAAAAGCUUUUUCCCGCUGUUUCCAUCGACGGCCGAGACACCGCUCGACCUCAAGUACAUGGCGCAGUACGAAAUGCCAUUGACACCCGAUAUCCUCGUGCUGCCGUCGGUCUUGAACCGCUUCUGUGGCAGCGUCCAAGAUACGCUGUGCAUCAACCCCGGCCAGCUCUCGAAAGGUGUGGCUGGCGGGACGUACGCCAGCGUCACGAUUCUGCCGCUCCCUUCGUUGGCCAGCGGCGACGACGACGACCUGGUGCCGCACGACAUUCUCAAGCGCACCGUGACCGAGAUCAAGCGCAUUUAAGCAGCGAAUCAAACAAUACUAUGCGGCGGGGCUAACAUGGGUAUAUGUGUAUUGAGCCCCGAGUUGAC